UUUAGAGAGAGUAGGAAGAACAAAGAAUUCUCUAAUGCAACUUUCCACAUUUCAUAGCUUUUUUCACCUUUUCCUCCUCCAGGAUUCCAGCCAUUGCCCUAUAGGAGAGGUUUUAUGCAUCGUCUUUGCAAUGGUUUUCUUCAAAGGAGAGUAGAUUGUGGGAAAAGUUGAUACUUUGGAUUAAUGGAUGGGAAGAGAUGGGCAUUUUGGUGUUUGAAUUUGAAGAUCUUGUUGGGGUUUCUCCUGAUUUUGUCUGAUGGAGCCAACCCUGGAGAUGUGGAUGCAAUUUAUACAUUAUAUGCUGCUUUGGGAUCCCCUCCUCUUCCUGGAUGGGGCGUUGAUGCGGACCCGUGUAAUGGAAAAUGGCAAGGUGUUGUGUGUGAGGAUACAAAUAUAGUGUCAAUUACAAUUAAUAGUGCCAAUUUGGGAGGUGAAUUGGGGGAAAAAUUAGGAGCAUUUUCUUCUAUCAAAACAAUUGAUCUUAGUAACAACCAUAUUGGGGGCGCUAUACCAUCCAAUCUACCAGUUACUUUGCAGAGCCUUUUUCUUUCAGCUAAUGAGUUUACUGGAAGUAUUCCUGAUUCUUUGUCCUCUGUGAGUCAAUUAUCAGCAAUAUCUCUGAAUGACAACAAUUUGGCUGGAGAAAUUCCCGAUUCCUUCCAAGGCCUUGUGCAUUUGGCCAAUCUAGAUUUAUCUAAUAACAAUUUAAGUGGGGUUUUGCCAUCAUCACUAGGAAAUUUAUCCCUCAUGACUCUCCGUUUGCAGAAUAAUCAGCUUUCUGGAACCCUUGAUGUUUUACAAAAUCUUCCCCUCAGAGAUUUAAACAUAGAAAAUAACCUGUUUUCAGGGCUCAUACCUCAGAAGCUCUUGGAUAUUCCUGUUUUCAAAAAUGGUGGAAACCCUUUCAACAGUAUUAUUAGUGCUCCUUUUCCUCCAUCGUCAUCAUCCACAACACCAUCUCCGGCACUGCCAUUUUUUGGGCCUCCGACUUCAGGAAAGUUACCGCCAAUUACUGAAAGAAAACCUGGGAAUCAGACUGAUGGGCCAUCAUUUUCCGGGGAAUCAAAUUCCAAUAGUAGCAACAGGCCAUCUGCUAAAAGGAUAGUUUGGAUAUCAAUUACAGUGGCUUGGUCAUUCAUAAUAUUGGUUUUAGCAUUCCUGCUUUGUUUGCCAAAGUGCCUUAGGGAAAUGCAGGAAACUUGCAGAGGUCCUAAGCUACACGAAUUAGCUCCAUAUAUGAGACCCAGAGAUAACCCGGGGGAUAAUGAUUCCUUGGUCCAACCAGGUCAUGAUAAAGAGAAAGCUCCCCUAGUCUUGAAGCCAAAUGAAGAUUUCCAACCAAGAAAACCGGCUUCCAUUCAAAUGCCACGGAAUGAGAAGGCUCUGAUUACAGAAAACUUGACUGCUACUCAAAAGGACAGCCAUGUGAUUAGCCUGAGCAGAUUAGAUAUUGAUUUUAUGUUGCGACCUCCUCCUCCUCCAGUGAUGCCUCCCACAGAAGAACGAGUUAUUGUAAAACCAAUACCUCCUAGGGAGGAAACCAUAUUGAAGCAUCCAAAAAGCUCACUUUCACCAACUUCAGUGAAAUCUUUCACAGUUGCAUCUCUUCAGCAAUACACCAAUAGCUUUUCUCAAGAUAAUCUUGUUGGAGCUGGAACUUUGGGCACUGUGUAUAAAGCAGAGCUUCCAGAUGGCAGGUUGUUUGCUGUUAAGAAACUUGACAAUAGAGUCUCCAAUCAACACAAGGAUAACGAGUUUGUUGAUCUUGUAAACAACAUCCAUAAGAUUCAUCACGCUAAUGUUGUUGAAAUCACGGGUUACUGUGUGGAGCAUGGCCAAAGGCUCCUGAUCUAUGAGUAUUACAGUAACGGGACACUGCAGGAUGGCCUACACUCCAACGAUGAAUUCAAGAAAAAGCUUUCAUGGAAUGUGCGAAUCAGGAUGGCUCUUGAAGCUGCAAGAGCCUUGGAGUAUCUGCAUGAGGUUUGUGAGCCACCAGUUAUUCACAGAAACUUCAAAUCUGCCAAUGUUCUCCUUGAUGAUGAACUGGGUGUUCAUAUAUCUGAUUGUGGUUUGGCUCCAUUGAUAUCAUCAGCAACUGUGAAUCAGUUGCCAGGACAGCUUGAGCUUCUUGCAAGCUAUGGUUAUGGCGCCCCGGAACUGGAGUCAGGAAUAUAUACCUCGAAAAGUGAUGUUUACAGUUUUGGAGUGGUGAUGUUGGAACUCCUAACAGGCAGAAUGUCAUAUGACAGGACUAGGAAGCGAGGAGAGCAAUUGUUGGUGAGAUGGGCAAUACCUCAGCUCCAUGAUAUCGAUGCCUUGACAAGAAUGGCUGAUGUUUCUCUUGGCGGGAAAUACUCCGUCAAAUCGUUAUCACACUUUGCUGACAUAAUUUCCCGUUGCAUUCAGCCGGAGCCGGAGUUCAGGCCACCGAUGUCGGAAGUUGUGCAGGAUAUUGUACAGAUGAUGAGGAGGGACUCUCAAUCUCCCAAUAGAUUUGACUUUUGAGGAUGAAUGAUAGAAUGUGGUAUGGCAAUGGCGGGUCGGGGAGCCAAAGAUUCAUGACUGCACUAACACAACUAAUAACUAUAAGUGGGUACCAGAGAAGGAGAAGGAAUCGAAUGUAAUAUAUAUGCCGACCGUUGAUGAGCUUUUUUGAGUGUUUUGUCAUCCUCAUUCAUGUGUUUUCUUUGUUCUUUCAUUGUUUUAAUGUUUAUUUAGGAUGCAGGUCUGGUUGGCUAUGUUGCAGAAGUUCCUAAUCCAUUUGUUUGACAAGCAAUGAGUGAUAUUUUUUUUUUAAUAAUAAUAAUUUUGAUUUUUUAAGAA